GUUUCCACGGCAGCAACGGGACCGGCUCAACCCAGAAGGAUCAUGGAGGGCGGCGGAGGAUAGGGAACAUUCUUCACUCGGUCCCUGUAACUGUGAAGAGGAAAAGAAAUAAGAAGUACGCAGGUUUUGCUAAAACCGUACAAAGCACUGGUCAGACUACAGCUGAAAUCUUGUGAACGUUGGACCCUUUUAUCUAAGCAGCUCCAUGGGACGCCAGCAUGGGUCUAAUCAGCAGAAAGGCUUCUGUGCCAACAAUGAUCAUUCGUUUCAGAGAUAAUGGGAACUGCAGAUGCUGGAGAAUCCGAGAUGCGGCUGAUGUCUGUAUUUGCAGUUGCUAAGAAAUGCCUGUUUCUGAAAUGGACCUGCAGGAACUACAGUUCAGUCACCACUUCCAAUUUAGCAUUUGUUCCUUCAAGCACGCCUUUGGAUUCAAUCGAGUUGAAGGAACUUCAGGAUUUUGUGCUUCAGUCCAAGAAACUAUUUGUGCUGACUGGAGCAGGGGUAUCAACAGAGUCUGGUAUUCCAGAUUAUCGUUCAGAAGGUGUGGGGCUCUAUGCAAGGACAGAAAGGCGUCCCAUUCAGCACUCCGAGUUCAUCCGCAGUGUUAAGGGCAGGCAGAGGUACUGGGCACGGAAUUAUGUUGGUUGGCCACAGUUUUGUUCUCGUCAGCCAAAUGUGGCGCACAAUGUUUUGAGUAAAUGGGAGAAACUUGGGAAGCUUCACUGGCUGGUGACUCAAAAUGUGGAUGCUUUACAUGCAAAAGCAGGAAGCCAGCAUGUGACUGAGCUUCAUGGCUGUUCUCACAGAGUGAUCUGUCUUGGGUGCGGAGAUGUAACACCUAGGCGUCAUCUCCAAGAAACAUUUGCAGCUCUGAAUCCUGGCUGGACUGAAGAAGCACACGGAAUAGCUCCGGAUGGAGAUGUUUUCUUGACUGAUGAUCAAGUUAAAAAUUUUAUUGUUCCUUCUUGUGAGAGUUGUGGUGGUAUCCUGAAACCUGAUGUCACCUUUUUCGGAGACACAGUGAAUAAGGAGAAAGUGAAUUUUGUCUACGAGCGUGUGGCUGAAUCUGAUGCUAUUCUGGUGGCUGGUUCUUCUUUGCAGGUGUAUUCUGGAUAUAGGUUCGUUAUUGCAGCAUAUGAAAUGAAGAUACCAAUUGCACUGCUGAAUAUUGGAGUUACCAGAGCAGAUGCACUGGCCAGUCUGAAAAUCAGUGCUCGAUGUGGAGAGGUGCUGUCCGAUAUUCUUCACCUUUGAGAGGGUAUUGUUGCAAACUAGGAUAUUCCAAAUAAUGAUAAUAUUAAACAACAUAGUUUUUCCACAAAGAACAGAUCCAUCAUUUAUCAAUAGGAAUAUGUUCUGCAGCGUCUCCUUAAGGGACCAUUACGGUUGAUUCAUAAAAUAAAAGUUGGGGCUGAUGGAAAUGGGUAGAGGAUUCAAUAAUAUAACGGUCAUAAAUAAGACUCUUAUUAGAGUGAUUUUAAUGAGUCAAAUAGUCUUUUGUUCUUUAACUGUUGGCACUUACAAGCAAGUUCAUCUGUUUUAAUAUUCACAUUUCUGACUCGGCAUGCAAAUAUUAAGACAGUAAUCUGAGGUGCUGGAUUAUACCAUACACUUGAAAGACCUACCUUGUGUGAAAUAUGAUAGUUAUAGCAUGUUAAAACACAGCAGAAUGAAAUCACAGUACACAUCGUAUCCAGUUAGUGGAAUACAUUUGCUUAUCUGCGCAAACUUUACUAGACUGGCCUCAUUAAACAUUCCAUCUGAGCUGACAGUACUUGUCAUGAUGAACUGUUAGCAGUGCCUGGGGAGUAUUGAAAAAACACGAGAGAUUUGUAGGGCAAGGUGGUAAGGUGAGAUUAGACAGAAAAUGUGACAUUUCUUGUAUCACUAGGAUCUAUGGAUUUUUAUCUGUAACGUCUAUACACUACCAUGUUUUCUUAUUAAAAGUGAGCAUAAUCAUAAGACAUAGGAGUGGAAGUAAGGCCAUUCAGCCCAUUGAGUCCACUCCGCCAUUUAAUCAUGGCUGAUGGGCAUUUCAACUCUGCUUCCCUGCAGUCUCCUCGUAGCCCUUAAUUCCUUGUGAGAUCAAGAAUUUAUCAAUCUCUGUAUAUGCUAGUAUAUAGACAUUACAGAUGAAAAUCCAUAGAUCCUAGUGAUACAAGAAUAAUCACUAUCAAGCUUUUAGAAAUUUCUAUUUCGAGUUACAGGAUGAAAAUAGAUGUAGUGCAUAAACCACUUUUAAAACAAAUCACACAGAUCACAUCAUCAUAAAUGGCCUCCAAAUACAUACAUUUAAUAAUCCUAAGGACUUCCUUAAAGAAAGACUCAAAUCAGUUACUGGGAUCUAAACACAAUCCAGCAUCAAAAACUAUUUCAACCGUCAGCAGCAAUGUUUUGUACAAAGUAAUUCUACAGUUUUCUCAUGUUCCAGACAGGAGCAUUUAGUGAAGAAUAUUUGAUCAACUGUGGAUAUAUUCUUUAUACUUCCCAGGACAAGUAUAAAUAUUAAAUGGGAGUUAACAUGCAUUUUAUUCAGAAGUGAAAUAAGCUGAUUUUUUUAAAAAUCAAGAAGCUUACUCCUGUGGUUUUUAUUUUGCACUUUAACACCUGGACUAGAUGUGAAUAAGCUGCACAGUUUUGUGUAUUUACAUAUACCAACAUAACUUGAGAUUCAGCAAAAGGAACAGGAAUAUAAGAUUAAUUUUACAAGAAUCAUUGACUAAGCUGAAGUGUCAGAUGAACAUUCACUUUUACGGCAGGAUCUCUCAAUGGCAAUCCUACUUAAUUUUUUCUGCCUCAUAACAGACAAAUUCUAUUUCUCGAACUUUUUUUAAGGUUGAGGUUAAGGCCAGGAAUGCUUCUCAAUCUGCACAGCUCAGGUCUUUGCUACAUCUUUGAGGAGUUAUGCCAAUCAAUGGUUACAAAAUGUAUACAUUGUAACCCAUCAAUAUUGGAAUUUACUCAAAUUUGUAAAACGUUACAUGUUGACUACUUGAAGAACAAAUAUGCCUUUGAUGGCCAGAACAAUAAACAAUCUUCAGAUGGCAGAUGUUAUGCUGUGAAUCAUAGAUAUAUCCAGUAUCCAUGGACAAGAUCUUAUUGCUGUGAUUGGUUCUCUUGCCAAGCUGGUUCGUUAGUUCACAGGCUUGUCAUUAGUCUGCUGGGUAACAUCAUCAGUGCAGCCUCCGAUAAACACUGUUGUGUUUCCCUGCCUGGUAUUUAAACUCUGGAGAGUCAGUUGGAUUUGAUUACCUCAUUUCUGGUUUUCCUUCACUGUGGUGCAUGUAUAGGGUCUAGUUCUGUGUUUGUUGAUGGCUUUCUUGGUGUAGAACCAGGCCUCUAGGAAUUCUGGUGCUUGUCUCCAUUUGUCCCAAUUGAACUGAUGGUUCUCCUUAUCCAUGUGAAUUGAGAUAAGUGAGUAUUAGUUGUUUUUUUUUGUUGCUCGUUGGUGUUCAUGUACUCCUUGUGGCCAAUUUUCUUCCUGGCUGUCUAAUGUAAUGUUUGUCGCAGUCCUUGCAUGGAAUUUUGUAUAUUACGUUGGUUCCAUCCAUAGUGGGCAAGGGGUCUUUGCAAGUUCGUCAUUGGCGUAGGAUUGAUGUGGCUUUGUGUGCUACUCUGCCCAAUGAUCGUAGGAGUCUUGUGGUCAGUUCAGAUAUGUUCUUGAUUGUAUGGUAGUGUGACGAGUGUGUUAGGGCGUGCAGUAUCUUCCUGUUGUUUGUGUGAUAGGCAUCGUCGGGUCCGGGUGUUCGGGUAUCCAUUGUCCUUAAAUACUUGGUGGAGGUACCCCUCUUCUUUUUUGGUGUAGUUGUGGGUUGCUACAGUGUGUUGUCGUUUGUUUAAAUAGUGUUUUCACUUCGUUUGUGGGUGUGGGAGUGGUCACUGUUGAAAUUCAGCACUUGAUCAGUGUGUGUGGCUUUUCUGUACACCUUCAUCCCUGUUGGCCCUGCAUUCUGCCAUGAUAUCCAGGAAUGGGAGCUGUUCGUUUUUUUUUCCCUCCCUCUUCCCUGGUGAAUUUGAUGCCGGUGAGAGCGUUGUUCACUAGUUGGUAUGUCUCCUCUGGUUUGGCGUGUUUGAUGAUGGAAUUGUCAUCCACAUAUAUCAGAUCCGUAGUUUGGGUUGGAUUUGUAGGAGGGCAAGGCUUUCGAGUCUCUGCAUCACCGCUUCUGCUAUUAAUCUGGAGAUAAGUGAGUAUUGGGACAGCUGUGGGGUCACCGAUCUCCAUUCACACGGAUUAGGGGAACCACCAGUUCGCUUGGGACAACACCAGGAUCCUAGGAUAGGCCAACUGGAAACAAGUACGGAAAUUACUAGAGGCCUAGUUCUCCACAAAGAAGGCCAUCAACAAACACAUAGAACAAGACCAUACCUGUACACCACCUGUGAAGGAAAACCAGAAAUGAGGUAAUCAAAUCCAGUGGACCCCAGAGUUUUAAAUACCAGGCAGGAAAACACCAACGGUGCUUCAUCAGAGGCUGCACUGAUUAUGCUACCCAGGCGGGUAAUGAAAUGUCUACCAAGCAAUGAACCAUUUUGACGAGCAAACCAACCACAGCAUCCACAACCCAAGCUGCAGAUCUACUCAAGAACCUUAAAGAUCUUAUUGGUCAAGGCCAAUGCUUUACAUUUAAAUUGGUAAUUGAAUGAAAAUGUGACUGAGUGUAACAUGAUAUGCUUUGCGGACAGCACAAGGUCUAAUAUGAAUAAAAGGUAUAUAAAACACUUAUCCCCCUUUUGAGUUUGUCUCUCUACUACUGUAAU